CAGUCGCGGCGACCGCACAUUUCUAUCUCGAAUUUGGAAUUUAAAUACUUUUUUUUUAAUCUUGUGUGAGUGUUUGAAAAACUUUUAAGAAAACCUUUUGUCACAGGACCUUAAUUUCAAGUGAGUAUACGAAUCACCAAAGUGAAUCAUCAUUUUCUCUUUUUAAAAUAAGUGCAGCUUUUUAUCAUAUUAGAUUCUAUAAAGUAAAAUGUUUAGUUUUUAGUACAAAAUAAAUAUAUUAAACAAUUCUUCAAAACAAAAUUAAGUAAAUUAUUUUUCUUAAAAUAAAUAUUCUACUUUAUCAAAAUUUGUGAAAAGUUGAGAAAACACAAAAUCAUGUAAUCAAGAUUUUUUUGAAUAGAAUAUUAUGAUUAAAUUCGCAAAAAAUGUGAAAAUUUCAACGUUUUAUGUUUCUCACAAUUCCAUGUAAUCUGACGGUUGAAUACGGCCGGACACCGGCAAUUUUCACUUACCCAUGCAUCGACAUAUAGCACAUUAUGUUUACAAAUAAAACCAUGAACACGAGUCGAGUGUAUCAAUAAAAAUGAACAUUCUGUGAUGCCAAUGAGACUAUGAAAAUACAGUAGGUCGUAGAGAUAGAAAAUAAAAAUUGCUUAAAUAAAUAAAAUUAUUUAUAAUAUUCGAUAAAUUCAAAUAGUCAAAUUGAUGUAAUCUUUGUGCUCUAAGUUCCUUAUAUAACAAAAAAAAAGUGUUUUGGAACUGCGAAAGCUUAUAAAAAAAAAGAACAUACUUAAAUAAAAUUAGACGGAGGUUUAGAAUUGUCGCUGAUGCUGUUUAAAAGUGGAUAUAAAAUUAAAUAGGAAGGAUCCUAAAUAUAGUCAUCAAAAAAGUCUAAGCAGCAUUUGUGCAAUCUCAAAAUUUUGAACGAUUUUUACAAUUGUAAUUAUAUUUAUACCAUACUAUUAUAAACACAAUCGAAAAGUUUAUAUUUAUAAAAUAGCCAAUUAUGUUCCGAGAACAAUAAAUAUUAGAAACCAAUCUACAUUGUUAAGAAAAAAAUUUAAUAUGACUUAACAGAACGAAUACAAUUUCUGUAAAUAUUGCAUGUUGCUUAGACUUUUUUGACGUGACUUUGACUUAGCUAUUUUGUAUUCAUGGCUAAAUGAUCACUAUCAAAAUGUUGUUACCUAAAUGUAGUAUAAAACAAAAUGUUACCUAUUAACGUGCAACAUAUAAGGUAAUAUUACUAUUUAAGACAUUAAUAGGCUGAUAAUAAUAACCUCAAAGGAUUCUGCAUAAAGAAGAAAAAUAUUAAAACAUCAUCUUUCUUUAAAAUCCUAGAGAAAAUCUCGUGAUCGAAAAACACAUAACAGCAUCUAUACCUCUCUAAAACUAGCAAAGUCACACAUACAACUUACGCGCUUAAGAGCUUACAAUUAUUUAUUACUUUACAUAGACAAUCAAAAAUUUUCAAGAAAAUUUCAUUGAAGUAUCCGAACGUUUAAUAAAAGUCAAAAUUAAUUAAAAAUUAUACUCUUGAGAACGGAGCUUUGUAAAGGAUCUGAGUUGUAGAGACAUGUAUAAAAGUAUUAAAAACAUAUUUCAACUGGUUGAAACAGUGUUUUAUUUAACUCUUACAAUUGUUUCGUUAACAUAUGCCAUAGGUUUAACUAUUGUCAUAUUGUCUGCAUUAUUACAAAGAUGCAAGAGACUUUAAAACAACGACUUCUCCAUUCGGUUCCUAACAAUUCGCAAAUUAUUUGGCGUGUCCAGUGCGCAGCGCCGCGACCAAUCAACGGAAAAUCGAUUUUCGAUCGAUAUGCCACAACACUGGGUGAUCGAACGCGCAAAACCGAGAUGACGGCAACACAUUACACUAAUAUCAUUGUAAAAAAUAUCAAUAUUUCAUAUUUAAGAAAGUCAAGGUCAACAUAAAUUAAAAUCAAAAUGAAUCUCGUUAAAGAAGUGUUUUAUAGAAUUAUUGGUGUGCGUGAAACAUGAAAAAUAAAUUCCGUCCGUGCCGUCUGAAAUCUGAACAGAGUGGAUUUUUUUCUAGUAACCUUUUUUAUUAAAUUUAAACAUCUAGCAUCUAAAUGCUUAAAACAAAUACCUAUUUAAGUAAUAAGCAAUUUUAUCUAAACUUUUUUCUUAAUAGGUAAAUGUGUUGUUACACUUAACCAAUGCAUCGAAGUAAUCCAAACCCAAUUUCAUUUUUCCAACAAUAAACCUAAGUGUUGUUGAAAUUUUAUCAUUAGCUGUUUAAUUAUGUUUGCUAUUUCAUUAGCAUUGUCCUAAUCUUGAGAUUUUGAGGAAGAUCGAUUUUUAAGUAUUACUUAUAGCACGAUAAGAUUUUUUCACAUAACAAUAUAGAUAGUGGCACGCUUUAUCUCUCUUUAGGUGGUUAAGUAUUUGAAGUACAUUCGAAAUAGGAUAGAUACAAUGGAAAUAUGUUCAACAUGAAUAUCGUUCACGUUUUUCACUCAGAAAUUGAUCGAAGCUCAGAAAGCUAAUUAAAAAUUGUUAAGCCAAGAUAAGAGAUGUACCUAAAGUCUCUUGCUUAUAUUUUUACGACGAACAUUUUUGAUGUUUUCUUUUUUGUCUCUUUUCCAUCCAUUUUCAAUUACCUAAAUUCCAUAAUCCAUAUUGUGGAAUAUAAUAAAUUAAUUUUAUUAUCAUGACAUCAAAUAUUUUCCGAAACAUCUAGAAAUUUAUUAAUUAUUUAAUUAGCAUAGAAAAAUAGAAAGGAAUCUUGUCUUAUUCUUAUUUUUAUUUUUAAGUUAAACGCCUAAGUUAACACUGUCGUUUUGCCGCUGCACCCAUUUUUAUGAAUUUAGUAUAGAUAGAGGGUAUGUUGAAAAAGGACAAAGGCUACCUUAGUGUUGUGGAGAAAAUAUUGUUUGUUACUGAAUCAGACAAAAGCCGCAGAACUAAUUUACACGAGUCACAAAUAUAGUUAACUUAUAUUACUUUCCUUAAUUGAGACAAAAUAUAAUUCUUUUUAUCCUGAAAAUUAUUAGUUUCUUGUGGGAUUGUUAAAAUACGUACUAUAUAAAUCCGAUACAAUAUGUUCUUACAGUCGUAAAUUAUUCGUAAAAAUAUCUAUGAAUAAACAAACUGUAUAAGCGUUGUACGUCUGCGUCAGCGCAGCGUCGAAACUUAGCUGCGUGAGAACUUUUUUUUUGGUAUCACAAUGCAUAAAACCUAUUUUUAGACAAUACUUAGAUGAGCAUAUAUAAAAUAAUUAUGGUAAUAAAAAGUUUGCCUUAAAUACGAUUCCUUUGAAAGAAUAUUCGCAUAUUAUUUUCAAUGAGCUUACAGGAGUUUUUUAUCAUUUUAAAAACUAACAAUUACUUACCACUAACAUAACUUUGGCAUUGAACGUUAAAGCUUCGCUGCUUAAUUAUAUUAUGUAAAGAAAUAGAAAAGAGAAGACUGAUUAAUUUGGAAAAAUACCUAAGAAGGAAAAUAUAAAAUAAGUGUUUUUUACACUUUUUUAUAAUUGUUAUAUGAGGGAAAUGCCUUGCAGUAGUUAAACUACAAAAAAUAAGUUGCAUUAAUGAAGUAAAUAUUAGCAAAAAAAUACACACAGACCAGGCAUCAGACGGGAUUCGAACCCGUACCUACUCGAAUUUUGUCUUGUAAAAUUUACUUUUUAUCUAUAAAUCUAGAUAGUUCAAAGCCUUAAAAUUAAAAAACAUGUAAAGUGCGAGUCGGACUCGGGCACCAAGAGUUUAUGUGAUUUGCGAAUUUAGUCUCGAAUUUUGAUGCUUUUGCGAACGACAAAAUAAGCGGUGUAAUAUAAGCAUAAUUACCAGAUUUUUUCAUUAUGCCUAAAGAUUGCACUCUGAGUACCUAUUUGAUAUCAAUUUCGUCCUCCAAACGUCCACCAUGCAUUGCUGAAAAAAGAAAGGUUCUUGACAUACGGACCAACGGACAGACAUGCAGAUGAAAGGACAGAAAACAAAUUGAAUAUUUAAGGGUUCUUGAAGUUUUUCUUUUGUGGUACGGAAUCCUAAAAAUCAUGUAACGAUAUCCAACGAUGAAACACGGACAUACGAGCAGACGAACGAACGGAAAAGAAAUCCUUUAAGGGUUCUUGAGGUUUUUCUUUUGACGCUAGGAAUCCUAAAAAACAUGGAACAAUAGCCAACGAGGUCAUCCAUCAUAUUUAUUGACAGCGAUACCAUCAGUCGCAGUCCCAUAAAUCGAUUGUGACGCCAUCACCAGUUCACCACCGACGCUAUUCCCGUCGUAUAUGUAUGAUUUGUGACGCAUGCGCAAAAUAAUUAUAAGCGCGGGUACGUUUCCGCGCACGCGACAAUGAAUUUUAAUGCAAUUGAUUAUCCGUUUUGAUGGGAACGAGGAUUAUUAUUAUGUGCAAAUGGCACAUCGGCGUUAAAGUCAAGCAGGUAGAUGAUUGUUUAAGUAUCCGAAAGUCAAGUUUUAGAAUUAACUAGGUAUUAAACUAUCAUUUUCAAAAUACUUUUAAGAUUCUGCGACACAAUUUUUUCCAUAUACUUUAGGUACUUAAAAAAAACAAGUCUAGCUAUAAGUUAUCAUGCCUUUUAGAAAAAAAUAGACUCGGUACGGGUUUCAGACGGAAUUUGAACAUCUAGCAGUUAAAUGCUUAAAAAAGAAAAUAUGAUAAAAAUAUGAUAAGUAAAAUGCACACUAAACUUUUAAAAUAUCCAUCGAUGCUUUAUUAAAGCUGGUAUUCUAAAAUUGUGUGCAUAUUUAAAUGUAGGUAUAAACCUAAUAAUGACCAAGAGCUAAAUGACAUCUAAACAUAGCUCAUGAAUCAUAUUGAUUACUCACAAUUAAUUAGUAAAAAAAUAAACCUUUUGCUUAGUAGUGGAUCACAAAAGACAACCUUAUCAGUACCUAUCGUUAAACAAAAAGGUGGGCGGUAAAAACCAAAGCUCAAUAAGGAACGCUAUUCAAGGCGACUUGCCGCGUCAAUUAUCUAACAUAAUGAUAAAGAUUUCCACGGAUCAUGGAUCUUAAGUCACAACACAACAGACUGAAGACGUUCGUGUAAUUAUUUCGGAACGGACAAGGCCACUGGCAACAUGCCGGAAAAUAUAACUUAUUCUUUGUUGCUGCCUGUUAAACAUUUUUAUAGGUUUCACAGAGUUUCAUGAAUUGCUUGAUCUGACUACCUACUUAUCGAUCUUCAAUCAAUCUUGUCUGUUCUUUAAAAAUAAGUGGAACGGUUAAAUUGAAACAGGGCUGGCUUAACACCAAGAGGGAAGACAUCGAUUGCUAAUUAUUAUUGUUGUUCAAAAAGCGUUUUACGUAAGCACAGAAAUUUAGAUACUUUGUUACAAGUAGCAAUCAAACCAAAUUCAUAAAUAAAUGAAUUCUUUAUACGAAUGACUUGUUACAUCUUCUUUAAUCCUUACAAAGAAAAUUUUCAAGUUUUAAAAAUAUACAACUUAAAACUUAAUAUCAAUAGGGGAGAGUACACGGUAUCUCCACAAGUAAUAACCGUUCACGAGCAUGAUGAUCAAAAAUCGCGGCUCUCUACCAAAUUUCAAGAGGUCCCUAGACAGUGCGAAUCUAGGUAAUCAUGAAACUUCCUCAGGUCUUAAAGAGAGCUUAACAUUAUUACACUGAAAUAUUAUCUGACGUGUGUGUGUUAGAACUAUUUAUUUACUAAAUAUAUUUGUUUCUUAUGUUUUCACGCACACCAGUCACAAUUCGUUUUCUUUAUUACUUUUUUAUUAAUAAUAAAGAAAACGUAUUUUAAACCCGUCCAAGCGUGUUUCAUUUAUUUCUUUAUUGCCAAUAAAGUUAAAAUACAAGUGAUUAUAUUAAUUUCAAUUAAUAUAAACAAUUAAGCUCAGAUGCAUCUGGUGGUAAGAAAUAGAUAGUUGCACUCGUAAAUAUUUUUCAUAUCAGUUAUAUAAGAUAGCCGAAUGAAUCUAAAGGUUUUGUUGACAUUUCACACUUGCUUAAGCCGGCCAGUGCCGUUACACAAACUGGCGAGCUUCCGCUGGCAUUGACCGAUGCUCCGUUCGAAAGGCUAACUUGCAUCUCUGCGGUCGGCCGCUAUCAGAUUAAUCUUCCUACUUACUUAUGCGAGACCGAGUAAUCGCCUGGUAAUGUUUUAUUUUGAACACCUUUUACCUGUUCAUUACUAGACACAACUUAAACUAAACCCGAUUGUAAAAUGCGGCUGAAACUUUACUCAACAUAUUCGGAAUUUAUAUAAAAUGUGCAACCACCAUUAUUUUAAUAUAUUAUUUAACUCGAAAACUAUUAGCUGGUAAUUUCGCAAGCGUUGAAACAAGCCGCACAGCAAUGAUUUCUCGACACACUCCCAUUUUAACGCGUAACAAACUGUAAAACAAAAUCGAUUUAUAACGCAUUCUCAUAACGAAUAAGUAACUGAUUUCAUAUUGGAGCGAUUUCUUAAUGCAUGCAGCGCCGUCAUUGCUAUUAUGUAUGUGCCAGCGGUCUGCCUACACUUAUCUGUCAUCCUGGACAGUUUGAUUUAUUCGGAUGGAGUGAGAUGUUAUUGAAUGAAAUCGCACAAUAGGCCCGAAUCCACGGUCCCAAUACAUCCAAUAGUCGACAAUGAACUGUGGGUCGCUGUUACGAAAUCGGCCUACAACACGAAUAACGGGUUUCGACACAACUACAAGCACUCCUCGGAGCUUUGAGCUGACAAACUCGUAAUAACCUAACCACCCAUACUUACUCUGCAAUUCGUAACAUUUAACAAAACGCGUAUAAAUCAUACUAAAAUAUCAAUCACUGUGAGCUUUAUCUAACAGAAUCGUAAAGUCUUCCUGUAAAUCUCAAAUGGACAGGGCAGUCGUCUCACUAACAAAUAUAAAAUUAAGGCCGCGUUGUUUCAUCCAUCGUUGAAUUUGACUAUAGUUAAUGUCACGUCAGAUACAGUAAAUGUGUAAAUUGUUGACAAAUGGUUAUUUAUUCUCUAGUACUUUAUCUGGAGUCAUAUCAAUGGAAAAAACAACGCGUCUUUAAAAUAAGAAGCCGAAUAAGUAGACUUCAUCAUCAUCAUCAUCAACCCAUGCUCGUCCACUGCUGAACAUAGGUCUCCCCUAAUGUACGCCACUGCUCCCGAUUUUCUGCCACUCUCAUCCAGCCCCCUCUAGCCAGCCUACGAAUGUCAUCAUCCUAUCUUGACUUAAAGCACCUAAACGUUUACCUCAAUUAAUUAUUUUUUAAGCUGACAAAAAUAUAGAAAGCAUACAAAGUAAAGCACUUGACAUUUUCAGGUCAUUUUUUUAUUGAGAAAGCGUAACGCGAUCUCUAUAAAAACAUGUCUAGGUCACAAAAUCUAGAUGGCCACGAGACAAAAAAGAGAACAGUUUGUCUUUUAAAAAGAUGUCACAAAGAAUUCGUAUGGUUCAAAAAAUAAAUAGCUGCUAAUAAAUUGUUUUAAGCUUAUUCGAACAUUGAUGCAAUAACAUGUAAAUUUAAAGUCUAUUUCAUUGAGAGAAUUUCCCAAGAAUCGAUGCAUUCUGACGGAGAAAGCAAAACCAGUUUCUGGAUUUUGAAAUCUGAAUAUGACGCCCUCUGAUGACAUUUGGGAGUCUGGAAGGAGCGGUCCGAAGGUCCAAAUGCACGCACGAAUAAAAUUUACACAAAAUAUAAACAAGAAUGUGUCAUCUAUACAUAAUGAGCUUUUACAACUUAGAACAUAGUAAGGUUAUCAAUGCAAUUUAAUAGAUGAAUAAAUACGCUUUAGUAAUAUAAUAAAGAGGGGUAGGUCAUGGCGGCUUUUCCGCUCGAAUUGGAGCGCCCGUCUGGGGAAGUAGCUCCCACCUUACAAAAGACCACAGCAAAAUAACACUACCAUUCGGUGGUGUUGUGUUUUUGUCGGUCACUAAGGUACCAGGGCUUCACGGGGUAGGAGAUCGUGGCAGGGCAAGCUAUGGAGUGUGUGAUAGUUUUGGUAUCACAAGCGUCUAUGAGCCGCCAGAGUGAUGGUAAGCGUCGCCGCCAUAUGCUUGUAUGCUUGUUUGCUACACUUUUAACAUAAAAAUAAGAAUAAUAAACUAUUCAAAAUAUUGUAAUGCCAUAGUAAGUAUUAAAUUUUGCUUAUCGUACACACAUAAAAAUUACCUACUUUGAGACAUUGUUAAAGAAUAAUUUGAAAUCUGUAUGGAUAUGAAAAACAACAAAAUAAUAACUAAAACGUUUUUAUUUGAUUGUUUACUUUGAAUUGAAUGGAAUUUUAUUGCUAUUUUUAGAAUAACGUAAAUAAUAAAGUGUUAUGACGAACGAAUUUUAUAGAAGAUGAUCGUGAUCAAAACAGUAUCUUAUUGUAAAUUCUAAUAUUUCAAACCAUAACAAUAUUUACUGCAGUUUUAAUUCGUAUUUUGCAACAAAAAGUUAUAUGUACCUACAAACUUUACUUCAUUUUUAGGGUUCUCUAUCAAAUACUGCAAUUGGAACCCUAUUACUUAGCGUCAGUUGUCUGUCCGUCUGUGAUCAGGAUGUAUUUCAAAAUGUUUUUUUAAUGGUAUACAGUUCUAACAGUGCUAUAAAAGCAAACAACGUAAACAAAAUAAAGUUAGAAAAUACAUGCUGACAUAGUCGCCCAGCUACUAAAGCCUUUAAAUAAAAACUAAAAAAGAAAAAUCUUGCAAAAUUUUAUUCACCCAUUUUAUCGACGUGAUUGAUAUACAUAUUUCCACAAAAUUACAGCUCUCUAGUGCUAAUAGUCUCCAAGCAAAACCAGGGACAGUUAUGACGAAACUAUAAGGGUUCCUUGUCAGGACUACGGAACCCUAAAAAAAUGGGAUCCCAUGCAAGGAUGAAGGUCGUAUUAUUGUGCUUGGCCUUUGCGGCCGCGAGUCUAGCGAUGCCAGUAGCUGAGCAAAAGCCAGCUCUUAGUGAACUACCAGCCCCGGUAGCUGAAAUCAAAGCUGAGGCACCUAAACAAGAAUCACCCGCAGCAGUUCCAGCGCCUAUUGAAGAAAAAAAUGUAGAAUCGGUACCUGAAGUCCAAGUGGCAGAGAAAGCUCUUGAACCAGAAGUUAAAAGUGCACCAGUAGAUGUUAAAGUACCCGAAGCUCCUAAAGUUGAAGCUGUACCCGAAGAAAAGAAAGAAGAAACACAACAACUUAAAGCAGCUGAACCAGUGAAACCUGCAGAUGAGAAAUCUGAAUCUAAUCUGCCAGAGAAACCGAAAGUUGAAGAAAAGAGUGCAACCCCAGAGAUAAAGCCAGAAGAAAAACCAGUCGAAUUUCCAGCUAAAAUAGAAGAGGUUCCUAACGAAGUGCCCUCUGCGAAGUCAGUGCCUGAAGAAUCCAUUGAUGUUGUGAAUGCUGUCAAGUCACCAGCCGCCGUUGCUGAUGAUGUCGUCGAUCCUGCUGCUAUCAUUCCUACACCAGAAAAGAAAAUUGACUUACCUGUAGCCAAGAGUGCUGAACCCAUACCUGAAAUAAAAAAGGAAGAACCCACCGCCGUACCUGCUAAGCCCGAAGAAGCCAAGCCUGCUGAAGUAAAAUCUGAGGAAAAGCCUGUAGAAGAGCCCGUCAAGCCCGUUCAGCCUAAUGCAGCUAAGCCCGUUGAAUCUGCUCCUUCUGCCAAGUCUGCCGAGCCUACAAUUGACGACAGCCUUCGCGUGGUUCGUGACACAGUCGACGACAAAGCUAAAGCGGCCGCUUUAGCUGCAGCUGAUAAUAAGAAAGUAGAGCCAGCGGCCCCAAAAGUAGAAAAAGCCCCCAAAGAAGUCGCAGCUGAAAAGAAGGAAGGAAAAGCUAGUGAAAGUGCAGUAACGAACGAAACUCCCAAAGAAAGCGAAGCCAAAUCAAUUGCACCAGUCGCGGAAGCCCUCCCUACGCCUGUUGAAGCGUCGCAGCCUAAUAAACCAGUCGACUCACCGAAGGCAGCGGAAGCAAAACCCGCGGAGGCUAAGGAGAAGCCCUCUGGCGACGCUCCGGCCGCUAGUUCCGAAGAGAGUGUAGAGGAUGAGAAGAAAGAUGACAGUUCAGAGAAAGAUUCGUCAGAAGAAAGCGUUGAGAAAACCGACAAGGAGCCCGUUUCCAAAUCCUAAAUUAGUUUGAAGAGGCGCUUGCGGCGGG